ACCUAUAUAAAUAUAUUACAUCAAUCGAAUCCCAACAAUUUAGUUGGGUUAAGUAAGUUGUUAGAAUCAAAAAUGUCAAACAUUCUCUGAUAAUCCUUUUAAAACUAAUAUGUCGGUUCGCAAAGCAUCUCAUGCGGGAACUUGGUAUUCAGGAUCAAAGGUGCAAUUAAAUGAGCAAAUUUCAUUAUGGUUAAAAAAUCCUAUUAUAAAAACUGAAGCAACAAAAGCAAUUAUUUCACCCCAUGCUGGAUACACAUAUUCUGGUUCCACUGCAGCAUAUGCAUUUAAGAAUUUAAUCCCUUCAAAAAUUAAAAGAAUAUUUAUUCUAGGCCCUUCACAUCAUGUUCAUUUAGACAUAUGUGCUCUUUCACCUGCUACUUUUUAUGAAACUCCUUUUUAUAAUUUAAAAAUUGAUCAAGAGAUUUAUGAAAAAUUAAGAAAAUCUGGAAAAUUUAAAAUUUUCAAUAUAAAACAAGAUGAAGAUGAACAUAGUUUAGAAAUGCAAUUACCCUAUAUAGCUAAAAUUAUGGAGGGAUUCCAGAAUAAUUUUACUAUAAUACCAAUUAUUGUUGGUUCCCUUGGUUAUCAAAAAGAAAUAGAAUAUGGAAAAUAUUUAAGUCAGUUUUUUUUGGAUGAAGGAUGUGUAUUUGUUAUUUCAUCUGAUUUUUGUCAUUGGGGACAUCGAUUUAGCUACACGUAUUAUGAUCAAUCUCAUGGAGAUAUUUAUCAGUCAAUUGAACAUAUCGAUAAAAUGGGAAUGAACAUAAUCGAAUCGAUGGACCCUCAACAUUUUAAUAAAUAUUUAAAAGAAUAUGGAAAUACUAUAUGUGGAAGACAUCCUAUUGCUGUAUUACUUCAAAUUUUGAAAAAUGUUAGGCAAGAUCAACAAUGCUCCAUAAAAUUCUUAAGAUAUACGCAAUCAAACAAAUCUAAAACUUUUCAUGAUUCUUCUGUUAGUUAUGCUGCAGCAAUCGCAACUACUGAAUUAUAGUUUAUGAAUAGGUG